AAAUAAAUAAAUAGCUCAAAUCAAUACAUAAUACACACCACUAAAGGACCUUAGAUGAUUUUAUACAAUUGCACGUGAAAGAUUUGUGACUUGGUUAAAAGUAUUGUAACUACACUAGCACACGAUACACUACCUACUGCGCGACAACAAGUUCGUCUAGUGAAGGAGGUAGCUACAUAAAUGUGGAUAAGGAGUCAAUUAGUCGUUUUAAUCCAAUCUAAACAAGGUAGUUGGACAUGUUAUCAUAUUUAGCAUCUUUUUAUGUUGGUCUUAACACAAAAAAAUUGUUAGUCUAGCCUAAAUUCUUUGAUUUUUUCAAAUCCCUAUGGUCUAUUUAGUGGACCAUCAUAUGACUAAAUUGAAGGAUCAACCAAGUAUGACAUUUUUUUUGUCAGUCAACAAAAUUAUACAAGUGUUCAAAUAUCCCAUCUUUUGCCAUGUGGCUCUCUCAACAGUUUUAAGGGGGAAACUAAACAUAAUGAAUUCUUAGCAGAGGGAAAACGAUUUUUUUUUUGGGUGUGUAUAUAUAUACAUAAAGAACCCUUAACAAAAACUCUCAUACACAGACCAAACAAAGACCCAAAAAAAAGAAAAAAGAAAAAGGAAGCGAAUACGAAUGGACAUCUCUUAAAGAACCCUUACCAAAAACUCUCAUAUACAUAAAGAACCCUCUUAUACACAGACCAAACAAAGACAAAAAAAAAAAAAAAAAAAAAAAAAAAAAAAGGAAGCGAAUACGAAUGGACAUCUCUGAUUCAUCCGUUGAUAGUGAAGAUUUUCCUGACAUCGAUUUUGAAAACGAAGGUCAAAUAUUUGCAUUGUUUGAAGUGUUCAUGACCGACUCAUACAUCAAACAUGAUGAUCUGUAUAUUCCCAAAAAAAUUUAUGAACAUCUUCCACCAAAUGCGCAUAUUGCACUUCUCGACUUCUGUCGCGAAACUUGGGUUGCAACUUUGACUGUUGGUGCUCGAAGACGACUUAGGGAAGGCUGGAGUUCUUUUGUUCAAAGUAAUAAUAUCAGGGCAGGAUGUAUCCUCAAGAUUUCCUUGGUGGGUACUAACGCAAUCGUUGUUGCCUUCGAAAUUGAAGUGAAAGGAGAAGGAACAGCUGAUAAUCCUUUUGUGAUAGACUAGGGCUUGUCUUGAUAUUGAUGUUUUUAAUGUAUUUUGGUGAAACUUUUAUCAUAAUCAGAUGUUGAUCUUCAGACUUUACAUCAUGCUAUUUGUUCACGAUAUUUUAUUAUUUUUAAUUUUUAUUUUUGUCAAUGUGUUGAGUUCUCAUUACCUUCUACAUGUGGUGCGAGUGGGGUGAUUAUUUGGUCUUGAAGUUAAACCUAACUCUUCAUCUUUGUUGCAAACUCUAUUUCCUUCCUUUUCCUAUGUUUCACUUAGCUGACCAUCAGAUGAAUAAACUUGACAGAUCAACCAAGUUGUGAAUUUUAAUAGUACUCAAUAUAAUUUUGUGCUUUUUGUUAGAAGAAUUUAGCCGAUUAUAAAUAAAUAAAAAAUGAUUAAAAUAAACUCAUACAAUACGUACAUUGGUUGAGUAAAUCUGGUUAAGUAGUGAAUUUAGCCACAUAAAACAGGAAAUGUGGUUAAGUGGUAAACUUAGGCGACCAUGAAAGUAAUGAUUACAUUUGACCAAGUUCGUUGAAUAAUUUACCUUAAUUUUUUUUUGAGGGAAACUAAAAUGAAUAGUAAUUCUUAGUGGUGGGAAAAUGUUUUAGCGUCUCAAGGUGUGUAUAUAUAUAUAUAGAACCCUGGCAAACACUCUCACACAAAAAAAAAAUCAAAAGAAAAGACAUGGAAUGGACAACCCAUCAUUUGAUGUGCGUAUGACCAUCUAAAAAAAGAAUCUAUGUAAUUCCUAAUGUUUACUUAGUUGACCAUCAAAUAAUUUCAUUGUACGGAUCAACCAAGUUAAGUAUGAAAGACUUGCACAUUCUUAGUGGAGGGAAAAUGAAACAAAAAUUUCAGAAAAGACCUUUUACUUUCUCGAAAAAACGUUUUGUAUUUCCGAAAAGAAUGUGUUAAGAAAAAUGAAUUGGAAUUUAGUGGAGGGAAAAUGAACCUUCAGAAUUUCUAAAAAGACCUUUUAGUUUCUCGAAAUUUUUUAGUCUUUUCAAACCCCCUAUUGUAUGUUCACACUGGGUUGCAACUCUAUAUUGCCCUCACUCUUCAUCAUUUUCAUCUCCAUUCCCCUUCUCUUCUCUCUAAUUUUACACUCAAUCAUGAGUUGUGAAAAUGACAUUGGUUGUUACCUAUAAAUCUUGCCCGGGUUUGUUAGCUUAACCAGCGAACAAGUCAGUUUUUAUUUGGAGUUUUUGUUCCAUUAUGAAGAAUGAGAAUACUCUAAUAGGCGUUGUUUGCUGGAAUAGCCUAACAAAUCUGGUCAAGAGAUGUAGUUAACUUGC